CAAGUGAGAUUAAAUUACUGUUACUGUGGUAUGUCAGAAGAUACUUUGACUUAAGUCAUGUGACACCAUGCAUCACUAGGUAUGAUUUGCCACAAUCAAGAAAGGUAAGUGGUAAAGAUGGUAUGUUUCCUGCAAUGUCUGAGAGUUUUGCCUAGACCCAAGUAGUGAAAAGGGGUUGAAAGAUUAUAAACAAUAAGAGUAACUUGGCUGUUACACAUAAUUCUAAGGGUUUUUCAAGUAUGAAGUCGUUUAAACCUUACAGCAAUCCUUUGAGUAGGUCUGAUUACAGAGGAAGAAACUAGGAACAGAAAGUAAUUUACCCAAGUCAUAUCUAGUGAUUGAAUAGUGAUGGGGUCAAUAUUCAGACAUAGACAGUCUGGUUCCAGAGUCAAAAAAAAAACAAACACCUGACUAAAUUAUUGGCAUUGGUAUUCUGCUGCCUUCUUCAACAUAUCUCUGAAAAUUAGGAUGUGCAACUCAUACAAACAUCAAAUGCAAAGAAAGGGGGAAACAUUUCCAUGUUGACAGCUGCUCCAGCUCAGAACCUUGGAAUCAUCCUUUUUCCCCCACAACUCAUAUCCAGUCUGUCAGCAAAUCUUAUUGGCUAGAAAUUUAACUGGUACCACUCUAGUAGACCCAUUUAGAUUAUUGUAAUAAUUCUCUAACAGGCCUUGAUUUUCCUCGCCCCUCUAAGUCUAGUUUCUCUCAACAACCAGGGUGAACCUUUUAAAACAUCAAGUCAGAGCAUAUCGCUUGUCUGUUCCAAUCCCUCUAGUGGCAUUUCAGUGAUGUUUCUUCUGCCACCCUAUUUAAAACUACAGUGGCCCUCAUCCCUCUCCCACGUCCUGUCCCCCUUACCUGUUUUACUAUCUGUAUGGCAUUUAUCACUAUGUAUCAUAAUAUAUUUGACUUGUUUUAUCUCCUUUCAUUGGAAAACAGGGAUUUUUGUUUUCUUCCCUGCUGACUUCUCAGAGUAUAUAACAGUGCUUUGCACAUGGAAAACACUCACUAUAUAUUGGUUGAAUAAAGGAAUUGUUUGUUAUGAAAAUUUAUGAUAAUCAAGAGUUUGGGUACAGAUCACAGCUAAUAUUUGAAUACUUACUAUGUCUAAGCUUUCUGCGUGACUCAUUUAAUCCUCACACCCACCUAUGAUGUAGUCUAUUAUUUCCAUCUUACAGAGUAGAAAACUGAGGGCCAGAAGUCUCUUCCAUAGCACAUGUUUCAGUUGAGUUGUAUUUUGUUUCCCUGGUUCCGAUUCUUCAUAAAAGGAUUGGACUAAGAAUGCUCUUGACCAGUUCUUAAGGACUUGGUACCCGAGACCGCGGGGUUUGUGUCCAUAGCAACCGUAGCGACAGGGCGCUCUUGUGCAAGAACCAGAAAGCGAGAUCAGGUACAAGGCCAAGCCUUUCACACUCAAACACACCUAUCACAUUCCGAAUUCAAAAACACCAUAUCCGAACGCUGACCCCUCCCAGCUAGUGUAGAAAAUAUCCAAAAUAAAACGAUAACAGGGUGACACAGCAGCCACCGAAAAGACUCCACUUCCGGCACCAACAGGCAGCACAUGAUAGGUUGGAUACUCCAGCAGCUUCCGUUUGGCUGGCUCCGCCCGGGCCCCACUGACCAGCCCCCACGCCCAUUCCGGAAAUGAGGCGGGGCUACUGAAGCGUCGGAACCCAGUGAACGGAAGUGGCUGUUGGAGACUUUCAGGUGGCUUUAAAUUUCUGCUGGCCGGGGAGCGCACCCUUUUUGACUGGAGUCGGGCUUAGCGGCGCUGGAUGGCUUUGGACGUGAAGUCUCGGGCAAAGCGUUAUGAGAAACUGGACUUCCUCGGGGAGGGACAGUUUGCCACGGUUUACAAGGCCAGAGAUAAGAACACCAACCAAAUCGUCGCCAUUAAGAAAAUCAAACUUGGACAUAGAUCAGAAGCUAAAGAUGGUAUAAAUAGAACAGCCUUAAGAGAGAUAAAAUUAUUACAGGAGCUAAGUCAUCCAAAUAUAAUUGGUCUCCUUGAUGCUUUUGGACAUAAAUCUAAUAUUAGCCUUGUCUUUGAUUUUAUGGAAACUGAUCUAGAGGUUAUAAUAAAGGAUAAUAGUCUUGUGUUGACACCAUCACACAUCAAAGCCUACAUGUUGAUGACCCUUCAAGGGUUAGAAUAUUUACAUCAACAUUGGAUCCUCCAUAGGGAUCUGAAACCAAACAACUUGUUGCUAGAUGAAAAUGGAGUUCUAAAACUGGCAGAUUUUGGCUUGGCCAAAUCAUUUGGGAGCCCCAAUAGAGCUUAUACACAUCAGGUUGUAACCAGGUGGUAUCGGGCCCCUGAGUUACUAUUUGGAGCUAGAAUGUAUGGUGUGGGUGUAGACAUGUGGGCUGUUGGCUGUAUAUUAGCGGAGUUGCUUCUAAGGGUUCCUUUUUUGCCAGGAGAUUCAGAUCUCGAUCAGCUAACAAGAAUAUUUGAAACUUUGGGCACACCAACUGAGGAACAGUGGCCUGACAUGUGCAGUCUUCCAGAUUAUGUGACAUUUAAGAGUUUCCCUGGAAUCCCAUUGCAACACAUCUUCAUUGCAGCAGGAGACGACUUGCUAGAUCUCAUACAAGGCUUAUUCUUAUUCAAUCCAUGUACUCGAAUUACAGCCACACAGGCAUUGAAAACUAAGUAUUUCAGUAAUCGGCCAGGGCCAACACCUGGAUGUCAACUGCCAAGACCAAAUUGUCCCGUGGAAACCCUAAAGGAGCAGUCACAUCCAGCUAUGGCAACAAAACGGAAAAGAACAGAGGCCUUGGAACAAGGAGGAUUGCCCAAAAAGCUAAUUUUUUAGUAAAAAAGAACACUGGAAAAUAUUUUACUACUGAAGGAAAUAGUACAAAAGGCAAAUAAUGGAAAAAUAAUAAACAUUAAGUAAAUGCUGUAGAAGGAAUUUGUAAAUAUUCUACACAUGUAAAAUAUGUAAAACUGUGGGUUAUUUUUAUUAAAUGUAUUUUAAAAUAAAA